AAUUUUCGAGUAAAUACAUCCGACAUUCAUGACAAGCACACAGUUGUUGUAUUUGUGAUGAAUAUAUAGUUGUGUUACACUCAUGUAUAUUUGUUGUGAGGCUUUCUGAUACUUCAUUUAUUAGCAUAAAAUGAAAUUGUAAACUUUUAAAUAUAAUUAAAGUAAUGAAAUAAAGCUUUUAUUUUGAUUGAAAAUAUUCAAUAAAUAUAUUAUAUUAAUGGAGACAAAUUUGAAAAAUAAAUAUAAAUAAGGUAAAUAUAGUAAAGCAGAGUUUAAUUUCUUUUUUUUAUCUUAUUUUAUUGUCUCGUAUUCAGUCUGUGUUUAAUACAUAUGUGGUACUUUCUUGUCACUUUCAUGGCCCUUAACAACAGUACACAGGGGCUUUUUUUAGUGGAAUAAAUACAACUUAAUAAAUAAAAAUCUGUUAGAUUGCUAUUAAAAUCUCAAAGAUGUCUUUUGCACGAACAUUUGUUUUGACUGUAAUCAAAUGUCGUGUGGCAGCUAUUCGUCAAUCACCUGGAGUUGGUAGGAAGCAGAAUCUACUUGUAGGAUUUGUGGCAUGUAGAUUUGCUUCUACUCAGCAAAUUACAAAAAAUAUUGAAGUUAUUUGUCAAGAUGAAACACCACCGACGUUAGAAAAGCCAUUUACUGCUGAUAAACCUGUCGAUAGACCUCUUCUAGUUCUUAUGGAGUGGCUUUUUGCAAAAAAAAAACAUGUCAUGAAAUACGGAAAUAUAUACCUUGAUCAAGGUUUCGAUGUAUUGAGGGUUCAUGCAGGUCCAUUGGAUUUGAUAUGGCCGGCUAACGGUACUCGAGUUAUUGCAAAAGAUUUAUUACAAUUUUUAGACUCGAAUACCGGCUAUAAUCAAAUAAUGAUCCAUGGAUUUUCUAUCGGUGGUUACAUAUGUGGAGAACUACUUGAUCAUGCAUAUGUUGAUCGUGAACGAUAUAAUCGUUUAUUUGAAAGAAUUGUAUGCCAAAUAUGGGAUAGUGCCGCAGAUGUUACUGAAUUAAGUAUUGGAACUUCCAAAGCUGCCUUUCCCAAUAAUGAAACACUCCAAAAACUUUGUUACAAAUAUAUGGAAUUUCAUAUGAGAGUUUUUUACAAACAAGCAACACAGUAUUAUUUACGAUCAAGUCAUCAUUUUAAUAAAGAUCCUUUACGUGCUCCAGCAUUAUUUUUGGUAAGUAAAAAAGAUCCUGUUGGUACAGUUGCUGCAAAUGAAAAGGUUCGAACUUCGUGGGCUUCACUUGGAAUACAAACACAUAGGAAGGUAUUCGAAAAUUCAGGCCACGUAGGUCAUUUUCAUAAAUAUCCAAAAGAAUAUGUGCACGAAAUUUAUAACUUUUUAGAUAAAUUAAAGAUGAUAAGGAAUGAAGAAAAAAUUCGUGCUUAUAUGUAAUGCACAUAUACAUAAUAUGUUUAUAAUUAAUUAAAAAGAUUAUUAUGAGGUUUUUUUUUGUAUACUAAUCAAUGAUAUGUUAUAAUAUUGUUUAUUAAGAACAAUUUUGGAAAUGCCUUAAAUCGGUGCCUUAUAUUAAUCUUUUAUUUUUCAAUUGAAUAUAUGUGUCUUUCUAAGUAAUAAUGCAAACAUUUGAAUUAAGAAUAUAUUAUUCUUUAUUAUUGUUAAAUACUUAUGUUUACCAAUUUUUGAUCUUUAAAAUAAUAAAUUAUUAUUUUUACAUUAACUA